AUGGAGCGCCCUGAGGGACAGCUUUCCGCUCCGUCGGAAAAUGAUUCACCACCAACAGCUUCAACAUCAGAAGUCCUGAGGUCCCACGACCCCCAGAUUCUUGGGGACCGUGGAGCCAAGGCUGCAGGUGACCUUGGCGCCGAAACUCCUGGCGACCAAGACACCCACACUGCGGCGGACUCCAGCGCCCCAGCAGAUGCCGAUGGCGGCGCCCAGGCGGCCGCUGCUCUGGACACCCUGCUGGAGGGGAAAGGUAGGCGGCUGCAAGUGUCCGUCCGCAAGUUUAGCAUCUCCUUUGGGAGAAGCGAACCGCUGCGAGUUUGUCUGUGCUGCGAGCCCGCUCGGGGAGAGAGAAGUGCCGUGACUUGUGUUUCUGUCCAAAGGAUGGAAAACAGUGAUUCUGUGGAGGCGAAGGGAGCCACUGAUGAUGUUAGAGGCCUUUGGGCGCCGUUAGUGCGUUUUUGCGGCGGUGUAUUUGUCACCAAGCGAGGUCGCCUCGCCACGGGACAAAUUGGCCCAACCUCGCGCGUUCGAGGAGCGGUAACGCUGUGCCCUGGUGUCCCUCGUGUGGCCGACCAGAAGGUCGCCCGCCCCUAUGUAGAGGGAGUUCAUUUGGAAGCCUUGAUUGGCGAGGGCCCCGGGCGGUGGCGCCCCGCCGCCCUCCGCACCUCCGCGCCUCCCCAGUCUCCUGGCCGGCCGUGCACGAGGCUGGCCGGCCGCCGCCUCGUGGCCGCUGGCCGGCCGCAGAGGCGUGGCGAGGCGACGCGGGAGAGGCGGCGCGCGCCUGCUACCUGUCGCCGCGCUGUCCGCUCGCCGCCGCCCGGGAGCCCGCUCGAGCCCCCGCCGGAACCCCCCGGGCAGAGAGAAGAGAUGAGUAGAAGCCAGGAUGAACCUCCUCAUGAACUUGAGAACCAGUUUAUAUUGCGUCUGCCUCCGGAACAUGCUUCUACUGUCAGGAAGCUACUACGUUCCAGAAGUGUCUCCAUGAAGGAUAAACUGAAAAUUGACAUAUCUCCUGAUGGACGUCAUGCAGUCGUGGAGGUGGAAGCUGUCUCACUAACUGCUAAGCUGGUUGAUUUGCCUUGCGUUAUUGGAAGCCUGAAAACUCACGAUAAAAACACCUUUUAUAAAACAGCAGAUAUUUCCCAGAUGCUUGUGUGCACUGCUGAUGGUGAUUCCCACUCUUCUCCGGAAGAACCAGCUACCUCUACUGAUCUUAAAGUAAUCGGGAAAGAUGAAAGAGAGGGAGAGAAAAAAUAUGUCUGGAAGCAUGGCAUUACUCCACCACUUAAGAAUGUCCGAAAGAAAAGAUUCCGCAAAACAAAACAAAAGCUCACGGAUGUUGAAGAAAUCAACCUUACUGAGUACAUUGAGUCUCCUGAUGUGGAAAAGGAAGUGAAAAAACUGCUGUGUUCUGAUGCCGAAGCCGUCAGUGCCCGAUGGGAAGUCAUUGGUGAAGAUGGAACCAAGGAAAUAGAUAGUCAAGGCUUCAUCCCUGUCUUUGAGACAUCCCCAGGAAUAAGUGGCUAUAAGCAGGGUGGUGUCUCAUCAGAAUGUGAUACACUUCGGGAGAUGUUCGGUGAUUCCAGCAGUGACAGUGAUGAUGAAGAGGAGGAUGAUAAGGAUGAAGAUGAGGAAGAUGAUUAUGAAGAGGCUCUGGAAAGGGAGCUACAGGCCAAGUUAAUUGAAUCUGACCAGUAUGAGGCCAAGGAAGGAGCCAGUUCAAUAACCGUGGAAAUUCAGAAGGAGAUUUACUACAUGGAGAAAAAGCUCCGAGAGAUUCAGUACAGAGCGGAAAGACAGAAGAAUCUCAUCAUGAAAUUGGAAAACCUGAUGCUCAAGAGUCAUUUACAGUCUGCACUGGAGCGGCUUAAGAUAGAGGAAAAACAAAAAAGUGAGCAGCUUAUUUCCCUGCGGGAGCAAUUGAAAUAUCUUCUGGAGAAGUGAGGAGACCCUUCAGCCUGGGGCAGAAACCUUGGAUUCAC